AUGCAGUUUUGGUUUUCCCAUCUUGUAAUAUGUGGUACAUAACCAUCUUCCGCUCACACUCUUUUUUUAGCAUUUGGUGUAACUGACGAAACCUCUUGUAUAUUUGGGAAACCUUUUAUGAUUGAAAUGAGCUUCUGUUGUUUUCUUAUGCAGGAUGGUACAGUCAUGCAUGUGGUAUUCACUAGUUUGGUGUUGAUUCUGCUCUUCCAUCCAGGUAGUCUCGACUCCUGGGGAGUAAACUAUGCCACGCAAAGCAAAUGUGCCCCUCUGGGUUCAACAGUAGACAUUGGAUGCUCCUACACAUAUCCCAGUUAUUACACAAUCAAAAGCACAAUUUGGAAGAGAAAUUACAUAUCACUGUAUUUUAACGAAUAUAGUCGUUCAAUAUAUCUGGGUGACAAAUAUAAGAACUGUACCCUGAUGAUAAAAGAUCUGAGAUACAGAGAUACAGGAGAAUAUAAAUUCAGAUUUGAAACAUAUUCAACUGGAUGGACUGCUCAAUCAGCCUUCAAACUGUACGUCACAGCUCUGCUGGUAGAGAUGAGUCCAGCCACAGUGACAGAGGGUCAGAGUGUGACUCUAACCUGCAGCACCACCUGCCGUCUGAGCACCAACACCACCUACACCUGGUACCAGAACACACAGCUUGUUACUAGGCAACACACGACAGACAACAAGCUGAUCCUCAACCCAGUCAGCAGUGGAGACUCAGGCACUUACUCCUGUGCAGUUAAAGGACACGAGACUCGUCCCUCACCUGACGUGACCCUCAGUGUCCAGUAUGGCCCAAGGAAUAUAUCAACAUCAGACAGUUCCUCUGGUUACAGAGUGGAGGGUGAUUCAGUGACUCUGAUCUGCAGCAGUGAUGCCAACCCACCAGUGCACAACUACACCUGGUACAGGAGGAGUGGAGACAAAACUGCACAGGUGGCAACAGGACAGAAGUACAGCAUCACCAACCUCAGCUCUCAGACCAGCGGACGGUACUACUGCCAGGCAGAGAAUGAGGUUGGGGACAAGAAUUCUUCUGAUCUUCUGGUGAACAUUUAUUAUGCCCCAAGGAACACCUCAGCAACGGUCACUCCCUCUGGUAACACAGUUGAGGGCAGUUCAAUGACUCUGACCUGCAGCAGUGAUGCCAGCCCACCUGUGUCUACCUACACCUGGUACAAGAGCAGUGGAACUGAAACCAUUCUCAGAGGCCCUGGGCCACAUCUGAACCUCACUUUGGCCUCUGGUGAUGGUGGAGUUUACCACUGUGAGGCACUCAAUGAAGUGGGCUCCCAGAACUCGACCGUGGUAGAGGUCAUUUUAAGAGGUGGUACCGCACAUCCGACUGUAUUCCCCCUCAUAGCAGUGGGAGUGGCACUGGUUGUGGCUCUUACUCUGGUGACUGGGAUUGUCUGUUAAAAAGGAAAAAGAAGGCAUCAACAGAGGUCACACAAAGGACAUCGGAUGACGGACAGAUGAGACUACUGAGAGAGGGCUUGCAAGAC